AUCAUUACUAGGGCUUGGGACGCUCUCAUAAAACAAGCCUUCCUUCCUGCUCGCUCGCUGAGAACAACCCCCCUCCAUCUAUCCCACUACCCACAACACACUCAACCCCCCCUUCUCAAAACACUCAUAGCCAAAACAUGGCCGGUCUUCUCUCCGUCGUUCCCGCUGGUGUCGUCACUGGCGACAACCUCAGGAAACUCUUGAACUACGCCCGCGACCACGGUUUCGCCAUCCCCGCCUUCAACUGCACCUCCACCUCCACCGUUAACGCUGCGCUUGAGGCUGCAAGGGAUGCGAAAUCGCCUGUCAUUAUUCAGUUCUCGAACGGUGGUGGCGCUUUCUUUGCUGGGAAGGGAUUGGAGAACAAGAACCAGGAAGCCAGUAUUCUGGGAUCUGUGGCUGGAGCCCAUUAUAUCAGGACUGUUGCGAAGUCCUACGGCAUUCCCGUUGUUAUCCACAGCGACCACUGCGCGCACAAGCUUCUGCCUUGGUUCGACGGCAUGCUCGAGGCUGACGAGGCUUACUUCAAAACUCACGGCGAGCCACUGUUCUCUUCGCACAUGUUGGACCUGAGCGAGGAGUCCAAGGAGGAAAACAUCCAGACCUGCAAAAAGUACCUCAAGCGCAUGCACGCCAUCAACUGCCUCUUGGAGAUGGAGAUUGGAAUCACCGGUGGCGAGGAAGACGGUGUCAACAACGAGGACGUGGACAACAACUCCCUCUACACCCAACCCGAGGACAUCUGGGACAUCUACCGCGAGUUCACCGAGAUCACCGACUUCUUCACCAUCGCCGCCGCUUUCGGAAACGUCCACGGUGUCUACAAGCCCGGAAACGUCAAGCUUCACCCUGAGUUGUUGGGCAAGCACCAGGCUCACGUCAAGGAGCAGCUCAAGGCGAAGAGCGACAAGCCCGUGUGGUUCGUCUUCCACGGUGGAUCUGGAUCUACCGCUCAGGAAAUCAAGACUGCCGUCGGAUUCGGUGUCAUCAAGAUGAACAUCGACACAGACACCCAAUGGGCCUACUGGGACGGUCUGCGCAAGUUCUACGAGUCCAAGAAGGCCUACCUCCAGACCCAGAUCGGUAACCCCGAAGGCGAGGACAAGCCCAACAAGAAGUACUACGACCCGCGUGUGUUUAUUAGGGAGGCCGAGAAGGGGAUGAUUGCUCGUUGCACGCAAGGGUUCAAGGAGCUGGGCAGUGCUGGUGUGCUUUGAAUGUAGAGGCGAUCUGUAUAAGCUUUUGAUGGUCGUUCGAUGAGGCACUUGUGGUAUCAUUCUGGUAUCUCUCCAACCCUCUCUCUGUCGCCAUCCUCAUUUUCUGUGUAAAUCAUACAACCAAAAACCAAACACUAUAAGCAAACCAAACACUUUACGGCGAC